CGGAAAAAUUACAAGUAAAACAACUUCGAGUAACUUCGUACAUUGAAUCACGUUGAAUGUCACACGUUGAUCCUUUUCAAAGAUCACCACAAUUCAUUACCGGAUCGUCCGAUUUCUGGAGGUUCUCGUUAUGCUAAAGAUUGAUACAAGCUGCUAUUGUUUGGUCAAUACAAGCAUUUGAAACCAAAAUUUUAGGUCGGAUACGAACUUUGUGUAUUGUAGAUACAUAAAAUAUUGAUAAGAUGCAACAAAUAUCGAAUAUAAAAGUACUUUUGAUUUUAAGCAUAAGUAUAAUGGUUUCUUUUGCACAUAACUGUUUUCUACAUAACAGAGAUUACAGAUGUAAAUUAGGAACAAAAACACCAUACAGAUUUAUAGCUAACUAUAAUGAUUCUCCAUUCGAGUAUACAGGUUGUGUGCCAAAGAAGAUAUGGUUAAUUUUAAGGCAUGGUACAAGAUUUCCUAGCAUGAAGUAUAUAUCAUCCAUGACUGAAAAACUGCCAAAUUUACAACAAAUCAUUUUAGAUAAUUAUCAAAAAAAUAAAACAAGUCUUAUGGCUGAUGAUGCAGUUUUAUUGGCAGAUUGGAAGAUUACCUUCACCAAGGACAAUAUCAUGAAACUAGCAGAAGAAGGUGAAAAUGAGAUGAUUGAUUUAGGGGAAAGAUAUCAAUCUAGGUUCCCUACUCUUAUGCCAGAUGAUUACAAUAAUGAGACUUAUAGGUUCAAAUAUACUGCUACACAGCGUACCAAAGAAAGUGCCAGAAACUUUGCCACUGGUUUAUUUGGCAGAUACAGUAGUCACAAAGUUUGGUAUCCAGAAGCAGAAGAUAAGGAUCCUGUGUUAAGAUUUUACAAACGUUGUCAUCGUUGGUUAGUUGAGGUGCACCAAAAUCAAAGUGCACAAAUAGAGAGAGAGAGAUUUUUGAAGAGUGAAAUUUUUACCAAGAUGUUGCAAGAUGUCUCAAAACAUAUUGGUCAUCGGAUUGAUUAUGAAACUGCAUACUUGAUGCAUAUGAUAUGUGGGUUUGAAACAGCAUGGCAGCCAAGCACAGAGUCACCUUGGUGUAGAAUGUUUUCAUUAAAUGAUUUUAAGGUUUUGGAGUAUGCGGAGGAUUUAAGAAAAUAUUGGAUCGACGGAUAUGGUCACAAAUUAACUUACGAACAAGCAUGUUCUGCAUUGAGAGAUAUGUUUACCUUUGUCGCAUCGGCCGAUGGGCCAUUGGUAUCAGCGUAUUUCACCCAUUCGGGCACCAUUUUGAAAUUGUUGGCUUUAUUGGGCGUUGCAAAAGACGAUCAACAUUUAAUGCACGAUCUCUUUUCUCUGUAUGGAGAUGAUAGAGCAUGGAAGACCGGUAUUAUCGAUACGUUCGCAUCUAAUAUCGCGUUUGUUUUAUACAACUGUUCAAGCGGUCCAAGUAUUCUUUCCAUGCAUCAAGAAAGACCACUCUAUCUACCAGGGUGUCCUUUAAAUGUACCAUGCCCAUUGUCCAUUAUGAAGGCACUGUAUCCUGACCACGAAGUAGAGUGUCAGUUCGAUGCAAUGUGUAACAUAGAAGAAAACACAUAA